AUUAUUGACUCUUCUUCCGCUUGAGCUCGACUGAGCAGUUCUGACAUGGUCUAUGGAAAUGCGUGCCAAGAGGAAUUAUUACAUUGGCCUGCGAUCAUGAUGCUAGCGUCUGUGAUAGGAAUCAUCCUCGGUUCCUGGCGGUGGUCGCAGCCUUAUAUAGGAGGAAUCCAGGAUAGCGACAAUCAGUCUACCAUACUACUCUAGGCGGGUCCAAAGCUAUCUGGGUUGGAGGGGCGUUUAUGUAUAGACAAACUAUGCGACCCUGUGCGUCUUAACUAUCAUGCUACUUUGGUACAAGUUGUACUUUCUAAAUGUCAUUUGAUAUGGGGUCUGCAUACGCCAAACCCUUGACCGUUCAGAUAGAUUACUG